AUGCCAAUUACCUGCCCCAAAGCAGACAGAGUACUCGACUUUCUCGAUGAACUUGUUCAUCGCUACGGCUUCCCCAAUCACAUAAUCAUAGACCUGAGUUCAAACUUCAACAACCAUGAGUUCUGGGAAUACUGUGAGAAUAGUGGGAUCGACAUCCUGUACGUCUCCGUCACUCAUCCACAGGCCAACGACCAGGUUAAGCGCACCAACGGGAUGGUGCUUGAUGCUCUCAAGAAAAGACUGCACGAUAUCAGAAACAUGAAAGGAGUCUACGGAUCCGAAGCUAUCCUACCUGCCAACAUCAUGUGGAAAUCUCCAACAGUUGAGCAAUACGAUGAAGGCACAGCAGAACAAACAAGGCGUUUAGACAUUGACAGCCUUGAAGAAGCUCGCUACGUGGCACUCGUCCAGUCCGCAAGAUACCUUGAAGGCCUUCCCUGCUACCAUGAUCGAAACAUCAAAGAACAAUCAUUCAACAUAGACGACAUGGUCCUUCGCCGUAUCCAGGACAGCAAAGGGGUGCAACAACUCUACUCACCAUGGGAAGGGCCUUUUAUCAUCUCCAAGGUCAAUGGACCUGGAUCAUAUUGA